AUGCUGUUUUCAUCCACACUUCCUACUCAAGAUGACUUGCACAUGAUAUUCCGUGGUCUUAUUAUAUACUUAAAUAAUAAUAAAAAUCCAGAAAUUAAUUCACAAUAUGCUGUAGCUAGCACAAUGAAAGGAAAAUUUACAUCAUACUGGGCUUACCUAAGUGAAUCUUUAACAAUUUCAGGCCUUCUUGAUCCCUGCAAUAAACUUUCAACCUUUGAUAUUUAUGAACAUGAACAAGCUAUUAAUAAACUUCACGAAUUGCACAAAAAGUAUAAACCAAUCGAAGAAAAUAAGCCACUUCUACCUCCUACUACUACUAAAUCAACAUAUAAGGCAAAUGCUGCCUCAUUCUCGACUCUCUCCCAUCUUGCAAUAGACUUCCUUGCUGUGCAAGCGACCAGCAUGCCAAGUGAGCAAGCUUUCUCGGUUGCCAAGCACACGAUUAGUCUUACCCAAAAUCGUAUAAGCCCUGAAGUAGCUU